UAAUCACAAUAUUACUCAAAUCAAUCAUCAAAUUCACGUAAUACACACAACCAGGUCAACAAUAAAUCGUUUGACCGAGUUAUAUAUAUUACAACUAAUACAUCGAUUUUUUCUAAAGCAAUCAAACUAUUCAUCAUAUUUUUCUAAUUAGAAGUUAUCACGCGGUUUAAAACAUUACACCUUUGCUCACGCGAUGUUAUUAGAGCAAGCAGACAUGAUAUUAAAUAACUAUACUUAUUUAAUGUUAUAGCAAUUCAUCUUCUGGUGGAAUCGUGAACGGCGAGUGAAGCGGUCCACUGAUUUCAAAGUUAUUUACUAUAGUUAUUCGCUACAAUGAAGAUCUUAUUAGUUUUCCUACUUGUGAGCGUAUGUGUUGCGAACCGUAUCGACGAAGAGGAGAAAGAUGAGAAGCACGACAAGAAACAAAUAAUACCCGGGUAUAAUAUUCCUGAAAUAAACCAAGAGUUCCGAGAGCAAGACCGCGACAUCUACCGGCCCUGCAACUUCUUCGAUCUGCUCUGCAUCAGGCGCUACCUGUCCCGCCACUCAACGUGCAAGAUCGCCAUCGGAUCCGUCCCUGACCCUCUGUACCGCGCGCAGUCCACUACUUACUACCCGACGUUCAAUGUGUCUGUGGUACAGAAUGAACUGUUCAUCGGGAAUGCGAACGGGUUUAUUAGGGAGUUUUAG